AUGACCAGAACUUCUAAAUUGAAUAAAGAGGUAAAUCUUAGGACUCAUAUUAUUAAUCCAACCAGAAUGGAAGUAGAGUCCACCCCUAAACAAAAAUCUGUUAAAAGAGCACAAAAUCUGUCUAUAGUUGAUAAUCUUACACUAUAUAAUAUAGCUGAUGAUAUUCUAUCAAAACAAUCCUCUGCAACUUUAGGAUAUAUCAAUUUUUUUGAAUUUGUAGAUGAUGAACAGGAAAAGUAA